AUGCAGCUACCAAACAGGUGGCAAGAGGACAUAACAGGACAACACUGCACAAUCUCAUACAUCGAUACCAACAUGGGUUCACAGCCUCCUCUUUCACAACCUUCUUCAUCAAACAAAGGCACGACACCACAAACCCAGCAAAAAGGACUUAAGUCUCCAGCAAAAAGAGGAAGACCAUGGAGAGUUUGA